CCACAAUCCUCAGCAACUGAGGCCCGACGAGAUGGGCGGACCGACGCCAGUGGCCAGCAGCGAGGGUCAGACGUACUGUCUGCGCUGGAAUAAUCAUCAGACGAACCUCGUGCAGAUCCUACAUGCUCUGCACGAGGUGGGCAGCUAUGUGGACUGCACCCUGGUCGUGGAUGAUGAACAGUUCAAGGCACAUCGCGUUGUCCUUGCCGCCAAUUCACCCUACUUUCAGGCCAUAUUGCAGGAUGUGCCGCAGGAUCAGUGCAGCAUCAUAUUGCCAGGGGUGAAGGGAUUCGAGAUUGCCGCCCUGCUGCAAUACAUGUACACGGGCGAGACGACGGUGACCAAGAGCCAGGAGCCGGAGAUACUGCGCACCGCCAAGGAGCUGCAGGUCAAAGGACUCUACGAUAACCUCAUGAAGUUCAAUCACAAGGCCAUCUCACCCACGUCCAGCUCCGGCGGUAAGCCGCUUAACGGUGGAUCCGAUGCUGCCUAUGGACAGCACAAUUCCUCAUCCGUGAUCUCAACAUCGACGCAUAUUUCACCCAGUGCCGCCAUCUCGAGCAGCUGCUCGCCGCCUCCGCCUCCCUUUGGUGCCUACCAGCCGCCCUACACGAGUUUCCCCGCCUCCAGUGGCGUGCCCAUGAACAUCAAUGCCCACAUCCCAGCUGGCGAGGCUCCUCUGACUCCCACACACUCCACGCCGCAUGCUGCUGCCGCCGGAGAAUCUGGCCAGUGGCCACUUUCCCCCUCUGCCGCCGCCGCCGCCAUGUUGAAUUCCGUAUACGAGUCGGCGGCUGAUAUGAAUCCGCUCAAGCGCAAGAAGCUAUCGGCCAUCUCGAGCAUGUUGCUCAACAGCACACGGGACACACCCAUUUUACGCAAUGUGUUGGCCCAGGCGAAUCCCGCAGACUCCUCCCAGCCGAAUCCUCUGAUGCUGCCGGGCGUCAAGAAUCCCGUGGAGAAGACGCCAACCCAUCAGCAUCCACAUCAACUGGGCAGCGGAAGCGGAAGCGGCAGUGCUGCCGGCGCUGGUAGCCACAGCUUCAAUGGUUCCGACUACGGCGGUGAUAAGGAGCCGCUGUCGCCGCACACGGAUCGCUCCUUUGAUGAGGAGACUGGCGGUCAGGGCAGCGGCAAGAAGCCGGAGUGGAAGCGCUACAAGCAAUACACCCGGGCGGACAUGAUGUGCGCCAUCCAAUGCGUCCGGGAGGGCAUGAGCGCUCUCCAGGCGAGCAGGAAGUUCGGACUGCCCAGUCGCACCCUGUACGACAAGGUGCGCAAGCUGAAUAUCAACACCGGACGUGGCACCCAUCGCACUCCAAAGCGCAGUCCGCCGGGUGAAUCCUCGGCAGCGUUUCCCUAUUCCGCUGCCGCGGCGGCGGCUGCAGCUGCCCACAACUACGGGCAGACGGAGCUGAAGCACGACCAGAAGGAGCCGGGCUCAGGACAUGGUCAUCAUGGUCAUGGUCAUGGUCCACAUGGUCAUGGUCAUGGUCAUGGCAUGCCGCCAACGAUUCCACACUCGGCUGCUGCUCUCUUGGAUCACGCCUUCCUGCAACAGGCGCUGGAGAACCGUGGAGGCGACAUUGCUGGCCGGGAGGCGCUCCAUGCCAUGGCCUUGGCGGCAGCUGCUCAUGCCGCCGCCAAUCGCAUGUCCAACAGUCCGCCGGGCUCCAAUGGCCAUGUGCCACCUUCACGUUCACCUGUCCACCACUAUGCUGAGCAAGAGCACGAUCAGGAUCAGGAGGAGAAGCACGGCCAGGCGCUGAUCAAACGGGAGGCUAUUGAGGAGGAACGCGAUGCCGAUGAUGAGGAUGAUCAUGAUCAAGUGGAGGAUCUGUCGCUGCAGCGCAAAGAGCGUCCCGAGUCGCCCUAUUCGCCACCUCCGCCACGUGCCGCCUCCCCCAUGGAAAGCGCCAGUGUCAUCAUGCACUCCUCCAACUCCGCCUCGGUGUCCACCAAUGGCAAGGAAUCCCAUGACCUCGAGCCGGAACAGGAGCGGGAGCGGGAGCAUGAGCUGGAUGACUUCAAUGAGGCGGCAUCCCCAGCUCCGGCUCCAGCUCCAGCUCCAGCCAUGGGAUUGGGUCUAGGCUUGGGAUUGGGCAUGGGCAUGAAGCGGGAGCUGCUUGGCAGCGAUGAGGCGCAGGCCCGCACCGACUGAUUGAUGCUAACGAUGGCCUGGCAAUAUGCGACCGAUAGCCAUGACUCCAUGUUCUAGGCCAGCACCCAUUCACGAUCCUUUAAUCCACCCUGUGUAUAAAUCCUCCUUCAUUUUAUUCUGGUUCGGCGUACAACGUGCAAAACUUAUAUAUGUUGUGUUCUCCAACAUCGACAUGCUCCGGCAUCGAUUAGCGGUAGUGAAGCUUUAAUAAAACCCCCUUUAAAAAGAAAAUUACCCGAUAUUCCUCAUAUCAAUCAAUUAGGGGCAGCACUUCAAGAAAGAAAUAAUCAAAAACAAAACAUUUAGAAACACUAAUAAAAGAAUACUAAGA